GGCCCAUCCGGAUACGAGCGCCGCGACCGCAGGUUGGUUUUGGCAACAUGCGAGGCGUAGCGCGGUGGCUCCAGCAGGCCGCGCCCGCGCCCGCUGCGGCCGGCGACGUCGAGGCCAUUGAGUCGGAGCCCGACGACGACGAGUUCGUCGAUGGCAAGAGCAAGCGGCCCCAGGCAGGCGAGGGCAAGAAGCGCAAGCCCAAGCCCAAGCCCGACGACAAGGGCCAGCUGCGCCUCAGCUUCUUCUGCCAGCCGCCGACAACCGCGCCCGAAGUAGCCAACACUGCUUCCGUGGUCAAUCUCGCCGCCACCAAGUCCAUCGAGAUUGUGACGCUCGAUGAGAGCAUCGACUGCAUCGAGAUCCCGGACGAGCCAGCACCGGCGCGCGCACGGCGUGCGGCCAAGCGCAAGCCCUCGACGACGACCGACGCCUCGUCGUCUGAAGACACAGUGGCGCCGGUGCGCGCCAAGCGGCGGGUCCGCGCCAAGCCGGCGAAAAAGGCGACCGACGACGACGACGACGGCAUGGAGAUUUGGUCGCCCGAGGCGCCGACGAAGCGCAAGGACGCCUUCUUCCUCACGCCGCAGCAGCGCGACGCCAUCAAGACGCAGGAAGCCCUCGUGCGGGAGCAAGAAGCACUUUUGAAAUUCCAGAUCGAUCUGGAGAAGCGCAAGGCGCUCGACAUGGCCUUUUAUGCCCACAAGACGACGGCUGCUGUCAACCCAUUCUUCCAAAAAGCGCAUCCGACCGCCAAGGCACCGAUCGUCGUCGACGGCGAUGACGCGCCGACGUCAAUUAUCAAGUGGUCGAAAGAGCCAAUGCGGUACCCGCCCGGGCACCUCUGGCACGUCAACCGGCCGCCGCCCGUCGACACGCCGCUGCAGCCGCUGCCUGUUGGCCCAAAAGUUGAUGUGCCGAUCGUCGUCGAAGUCGAUGACGGGUCGUCGCCGCCAUGGCGCGCCUUUGCCGCCGACCACGACAUCGACCGCCUCCACGAACACAUGCAAGACGAGGCGCUCUACGUGCACUCGGCCGCCACGCUUGAUGGGGACCUGGCGUCUAGUGUCAGCAGCGCGCAGCGAGGGCGGUGGGUCCAGGCGCUCAAAAGCCGGCGCGACGACUCGGGCUUGCUCUCGGUCGACAGAUUCGCACCGACGUCGUUCAACGGCGUGGUCGGCAGCAAAGAGAGUGUCGUUGCGCUCUACCAAUGGCUGCGCGCUUGGAAGACGCUGCGCAGCGGGAGGCAGCCGGACCGGUCGUCCUACAUGGAGUUCUUCAUGGACCCCGAGUACUCGGACGACGACGAAGAGGACACGGAGCUCUACCGCCUCCUCGUGCUCCAAGGCGAGGCCGGGGCCGGCAAGACGUGCAGUGUGUAUGCGUGUGCGGCCGAGCUCGGCUACCAAGUGCUCGAGAUCAACGCCGGGCAGCUCCGCUCGGGCAAAACACUUCUCGAGCUGGCGGGCGAGGCCACGCAGUCAAGUCGCGUGCUCGCGUCGACGAGCAGCGCGUCAGCAGUGGCAUCCGGGAACCGACCGCUUGUCGACGUGAGCCGCGUCCUCGACGAAGACUUUUACUCGGACGACGUCCGCGCCAAGAAGGACGCAAAACGCGCUGCAAAAGAGCAAACGCGCAAGAAAAAAAGCAAAAAAAAGAAGCAAAAAGAAGAUUUUACGAGCGCCAAGACGCUCUCGCUCGUGCUCCUCGAAGACGUGGAUGUGCUCUUUGACGCAGACAAGGGCUUCCUCUCGGCGCUCUCGCAAAUGGCGCGGCAGUCCAAGUGCCCGAUAAUCGCUACGUGCACGCAGCUGCCCGAGAACUUUCCGUCGCACCCGCCCUAUUUGCUUCGCCAGUGGCGACGCCCGACAGCCGCCGAGUUUACGACGUACCUCGCGCUCAUGAGCGAGCACGAGCAGUGGGCGUUGCCGCCGUCGGCCAUGACGCGUCUGCACCGCCUCUUUCGUGGCGACUUGCGCCGGACACUGCAUUUCUUAGACUUUAACCAGCCCUUGGACCAGCCCUGGACGCAUGUCGUGUGGCGUCCGUACGCGUCACGGUCCCAUGACGAGGACGACGAGAAGGACGAGAAGGACGCGCCCAUGGUCGACCUCACCGAGGGCGUACCGUUGCUCGCCUCGGCGUACACCGCGUCCGGUGUCGAUGUGCUCCAUACGACGUACCUCACCGAGUGGCGACGCCGGUAUGGCGACGAAGUGACCGAAGGCCCGGCGUCAUGGGCUGAGAACAACCGUCCGUCACGGCGUCAGUGCGACGACAUGGACGCUGUCGCACUCCUUGCGGAUGCCGUGAGCGACUCGGACGUCUGGCUGCGGACGGACAACGAUGAAGGCAGGCGGGUCAUGGCCCAGGGCAUGCGGUCCAUGGCUUGUGAUGUCGGCUUUGCGCUGGGCGAUGCGCACGAGACGAGCUUGGACGCACUCGACGGCAUCGACCUGUGCAGCGACGCAUUCGAGAAGGAAGCAAGCAUUCGGCGUCGUCAAGCCGAACUUGGCGACCUCGUUGACGCCUUGCACAUUUCCAUGGAGUCGUCGAGAGGGAUCCGACGCACGCGCCAGGGUGCCGUCGACACGCUGCCGUUCCUGAGCGUCAUGGCGACCUCCGACUCUGUGAUUCAGCAAGUGCGACGCCGGUCGUUGGGUCGCACCGGGCACCUCGCCAAAGUCAUUUCCGACAGCAGCCUCAUCGCGACGCUGCAAGAUCGAAAAAGUUAUCAUUAAUGCCACGUCCUUUUCCCA